AUGUCAGGGAUAGAGGGAGAGAAUAGUAUCAGUCAAGCUCAGAUCCAAGUUGAACCAAUUUCAAAUCAUUCAAAUGGUGUAAAAUCAAUUGAUCAAGGUAGUAAUAUAACAAUUAAAAAUCCACCAUCAUUAAGAAUAGUACCACCUUUAAAUUUUUGUCCUGUAGAGAGACAUCUUUAUAGAAGUGGACAACCUUCCAAAAUCAAUUUUGAAUUUUUAAAAGAAUUACAUUUAAAAGCUAUAGUAUGGUUAGCAUCAGAAGAUCCAAGUGAUGAAUUUAUUGAAUUUGUUCAAAGUGAAAAUAUAAAUAUUUAUUUUGCAGCUAUAAAUCCAGAUGGUGGAGGUGAUAAUAAUCCAUGGGAUGGUUUAAAUGAAAAUAGUAUAAUCCAAGCAUUAAAUAUCAUUGUGAAUAAAAAUAAUUAUCCUUUAUUAGUCUGUGAUAAUGGAAUGGGUAGACAUAGAACAGGUACAGUUUUUGGAUGCUUAAGAAGAUUACAAGGAUGGAAUUUAGCAAGGUGGGUAUCACUUUAG